AUGUUCUCCAAAACAAGCCUUCUUUCUUUCUUGACACUUGUCAUCUCGGUUUCAGCUGCAGCAACCAAGCAACAGGCUGCCCAAAAGGCCUCGACCAGUAAAGCUGCUGCCUCCACUGCUGCUGCUGCUGCUUCCGGAAAGGGUGGCGAUGCUCAAAGCUCAUUGACGCUUGAUCCAAAAGUCAUUGCCUCGGGGUUUGCAAAUAACGGUCAAGAUGUCCCACAAGCCGGACAAGUGGCAUCUUUGACAUCAACAAAUAACUUCAUAAACUUUUGUUUGACCGUUCCUAACCUACCUAUUACCAACGGCCUGCAAAUUACCACUGGAUCAUGCAAUCCCGCCCCGAUGGGUGUCAUCCCUUCCACGGACAAUAUGCCCUCUUCCAAGUUUAUCAACCCCCCUAACUUUGGAACAAUUCAGGCUGGUCAAACGUUCAACAUCGAGAUGAACAUCAAGGGAAUGCAGACAGGGUUCUUUGUCAAUGCAAACGAAAACUACUUCGCGGCUCCUCAGCAGCUGAACGCUCAGGGACAGAUCCAGGGACACUCUCACGUCGUCGUCGAGCAGCUUGAUUCUUUGACCCAGACGACUCCGUUAGACGCUAAGAACCAUGUUUUCUUCAAGGGUCUCAAUGACGCUGCAUCAAAUGGGGUCCUCUCCGCAACUGUCGAAGGUGGACUGCCGGCUGGCGUGUACAGACUAGCAUCCAUCAAUACAGCAGCCAACCACCAGCCUGCUCUUGUUCCGAUUGCCCAGCACGGAUCUUUAGAUGACUGGGUCUAUUUCACUGUUACCGAUGAUGGCAAGCCAGCGUCUAGUGCAGGUGCCAGUGCUUCCAGUGCUUCCAGUGCAGUGGCAGCUUCCUCGUCCGCUGCUGCUGCUACAAGCGCCGCAGCCUCCAAGGCUAGUGCCACUGCCGCUGUUGGAAGUGCCGGUGCCAAGAAGAUCGCUUCUCGUCCUUCCAAGGCUGCACCCACCGCAGCGGCUGCUUCCUCUGGUAAGCAGUCUUCGAAGUCCAGCUCUUCCUCGAAAGGUGCCGCAUCUGGUAAAAAUGCCUCCGCUGCGUCGUCGGCGAAGAACUCUGCCAGUGGAAAACAGGGCCAGGCUGCCGCACAGCAGAAGGCAGGUGCACAGACAUCGAAGAGUGGUACUGCUUCCAAAACAUCCGCCCAGAAGGGACAAGGUCGAUCACGACGGGAAGUUAACCGCUUGACCCAGUUUUGA